ACUUGAAGAACUUACAUUGACAAAACUGUUCCCUGAGACUGUUCCAGAAUUUAUGAGAUGGGAUCCUUCGGAAUGUUUCCCGGUUUCCCAAGUUCAGCAAUCCCUGAAUCAUCCUGCGGCUAUCUACUGCAAGAGCUAAAGCUGAUUUGGGAUGAAGUGGGGCAAGAUCAGCUUGAAAGAGAGAGGAUUCUGCUUGAACUGGAACAGGAAUGUAUCGACAUGUAUAGAAGAAAAGUUGAUAGUGCAAAUAUCUUGAGAGUUCGUCUGCAUCAAGCACUGGCUGAUUCAGAAGCUGAGUUCACUAACCUUCUCCUGUCCCUCGGGGAACGAUCAUUCUCAGGCCGGCCUGAAAAAUUGACAGGUACACUGAAGCAGCAGCUUGAUGCAAUCACUCCUGCACUUCAUGAAAUGCAGCUAAGGAAAGAAGAGCGGAUGAACCAAUUCCGGGAGGUUCAGACACAAAUCCAAAGAAUUGCUUCUGAAGUAGCAGGUCAUCAACCGGAUUGCGAUGUUCUGGUAAACGAAGGAGAUCUCUCACUUAAAAAGCUUGAUGAGCACCAAAAUGAACUCCAAAGACUUCAUAAAGAGAAGAAUGAUAGACUCCGGAAAGUAGAAGAUUACAUAAAGGUGGUGCAAAACCUUGCUGAAACAAUGGGAAUGGAUGCUUCCAUGAUCAUCAGUGACAUUCACCCAAGCUUACUAGGUGGUUCAACCGCACAGCAAUCCAGGAACAUAAGUGACACCAUCUUAGAGAGAUUAAACAGCAAAGUGGAACAACUGAAAGACGAGAAGCGUAAGCGAACAGAAAAGCUUUACAAACUUGGGAAAGCAUUGACAAACUUGUGGAAUCUCAUGGAUACAUCGAUUGAGGACCGGCAGAAGUUCUAUUACAUGAAUAUAUAUACAUCAUCAGCUCCAACAGAUCACAUAUUAAGACCAGGAAGCCUUUCCAUUGAUAUAAUCCAUCAGGUUGAGUCCGAAGUGGAGAGACUGGAUCAGCUAAAAGCAAGCAAAAUGAAAGAGCUUUUUCUCAAAAAGCUCAGUGAGCUUCGAGAAAUAUGCAAGAAAUCUCAUUUGGAAGUACCUUCAGGAUCAGAGAUGGACAAAAUCAUGAACCUCAUCAUGUCAGGUGAGAUGGACCAUGCUGACCUCCUAGUGAUUAUGGAAGAGCAUAUAUCCCAGGCAAAAGAAGAAGCACGCAGCCGGAAGGACAUUAUGGAGAAGGUCGAAAAAUGGAUGGCUUCAUGUGAAGAAGAACAGUGGUUGGAAGAAUACAGCAAGGAUGAAAACCGUUACUCAGUGAGCAGAGGGGCUCACAAGAACUUGAAACGUGCAGAACGUGCUAGAAUUAUUGUGAACAAGAUUCCAGAUUUGGUUGAAUUGUUGAUGGCAAAGACAGAGAUAUGGGAAGAGGAAAGGAUGAAAAAUUUCUUGUACGAUAAGGUACCUCUAAUGGCAAUGCUUAAAGAGUACACUCUGUUAAAGCAAGAAAAAGAGGAGGAGAAACAAAGGCAAAGAGAAAGAAAAAAAGUGCAAACUCAGAUUACAGCAGAACAUGAGAAUUCAUUUGGCUCAAGGCCAAACACAAGCACUACUCGUCCUUCCAACAAGAUUCUAAAUAGCAGUUUCGUCAGUGGUCCUUCGAGCAGGAGACUGUCCAUCAUCAGCCAACACCAAAGGUCAAAGAACAAUUAUGCAAAUAAAGGAGCAAACUUAAACAAAGGGAGUAUAAAGUUGCAAACGCGGAAGAUAUUAAGCAAUUAUAGCCAUGCCCCUAAUUCUAAAGAAGAUGCAGCAUCAGAGAUCUCUAUAACAUUUUCAGGCUGAAAUCAUGACUCUUCAUUCGAUAUUAAACAAUGUAAAGAAUCAUAAGAUCAGGCAAUCAAUGUGUGAAUGGAAUGGUACAGUUUUUGGAUAAAACACAAGCAUGACAUUGUAUAA